AUUUCACUAUAAAAACUUUUAUAUACUGCAACACUUUUCCAAUUUCUGGUAACUUCAUUACUCUUCACCAUCCUUUUGCAAUCAGCUCUCUUUUUCUCUUCCUCCUCCCUCUCUGCAUCUUUCAUUUCUUUCUUAAUAUACCCAAAGCAACAUCCCAUAUUCCGCACUAAUACUUCUAUAUGGACAAGGCCGAAUUGGACCCGGCCUCGGCACAGGCCCAAACUAACAACACUCAUCCCACUGCCCAGUCUGAAGCUUCUUCUUCCACCCCUACUCAACAAUACGCCACAGCACUUGCCACUGUCCAGCCUCGUUCUGCUAAAAAUGGACCCUUCUCAUUCACCCCAGAUGAGUUCAUGGACUUGAUCGACCCAAAGUCUCCUGAAAAGCUCGAGGAGUAUGGUGGUAUUGCUGGCGUGCUCGCUGGUAUUCAUGCUGACCCUGUGAAGGGUCUUUCUACUCACAACAAACCUCUCACCUCUGUCGUCUCAUCUGAUGCAGAGAAGGAUGUUGACACUGCACCACAGAGUUCUGAUUCUGUCACUUUUGAGCAACGUGCGGAGUUCUUUGGCCACAAUGUGCUCCCAAAGCGCAAACCCAAGACUAUCUUCCAGCUAAUGUGGAUGGCUCUGCAAGAAAAGAUUUUGAUUCUGCUGUUGAUUGCUGCCGUUGUCUCUGUUGGCCUUGGUCUGUAUGAGGACUAUGGUAUGGAUCAUCCACCUAAGCAACGCUACACAAGGGACUUUCAGCUUGACACCUCCCCGGAAGCCAAAAUCUCCUGGGUUGAAGGUGUUGCUAUCUUGGUUGCUGUUUUCAUUGUUGUUAUGGUUGGAUCUGUCAACGAUUACCAGAAAGAGGCCCAGUUCCGCAAACUCAACUCUAAAAAAGAAGAUCGUGAGGUCAAGGCCCUCCGUAACGGUGAAACUGUCUUGCUUUCUGUUUAUGAUGUGGUUGUUGGUGAUAUCCUUCAUCUCGAGCCUGGUGAUGUUGUCCCAGCCGAUGGUAUCUUCCUGGGUGGACAUAAUCUCAAAUGUGAUGAGUCCGCUUUGAACGGUGAGGCCGAUGCGAUUAAAAAGGUUACAUUUGAAGAAUACAAGAGACUUGCUGAAGCCGAGGCUGCAUCGCACAAAGGAUCUCAGAUCAAGACCAACCAUGAGGGCAUUGAUGUUAUUGCUGAAGCCUCUCACACUCUUCACGGUGUCGAUCCAUUCAUUAUCUCUGGCUCCAGGAUCCUUGAAGGUGUUGGUAUCUAUGUUGUUACCGGUGUUGGUCAGAACAGUUUCCACGGAAGGACGAUGAUGUCUCUUCGCACUGAACCCGAGGAUACCCCUCUGCAGGUCAAGCUCAACCACUUGGCAGAACAGAUUGCCAAGCUCGGUUCGACGGCUGCCUUGCUCAUGUUGAUUGUCCUUUUCAUCCGAUACUUUAUCACUUUCAAGGACGGGGUCCCAAAGACUAACGAAAUUGUUGAAAGCAUCGUCCAAAUCAUCAUCUCUGCCGUAACUGUCAUUGUCGUUGCUGUUCCUGAGGGUCUUCCCUUGGCUGUCACUCUUGCUCUGGCUUUUGCCACGACUCGUAUGUUGAAGGAUAAUAACUUGGUCCGUGUGCUGGCUGCUUGUGAAACCAUGGGCAAUGCAACCACUGUCUGCUCUGACAAGACUGGAACUUUGACUCAAAAUCGUAUGACAAUUGUUUCUGGAACCCUUGGAAUCAAUACUCGCUUUAUUGCUGAUGUCGCUGAAGGAGACACUAAUCAGCGUGCCAACCUCCCCAUCAAUAAGCACGCUGUCCUCAUAAGCCAGCUUACCGGUACCUUACCACCUGCUGUCACUCAAUUGAUGCAUGAAGCCAUUGCUAUCAACUCUUCUGCAUUUGAGAGCGAAGAUAACGAGGGUAAGGUGUCCUUUAUCGGUUCCAAGACCGAAGUCGCCAUGCUUGAGUUCUCAAAGAAAAUUGGUGGCCCUGAUUAUCGUACGCUUCGCGAAUCUUUCCCUGUUGCCCACUUGUACCCCUUCUCAUCUGAGCGCAAGUCCAUGGCCACUAUUGUCCAGAUGGGUCCCAAUAAGUUCCGUCUUCAUGCCAAGGGCGCUUCCGAAAUCAUUACGGGUCGCUGUGAAAAGGUUCUUCAGAUUUCUUCCUCCUCCGAACAGGCUACUCCAUUGUCUGAGAAGGACCGCAAUGCUGAGGUCACUGAGUUGGAGCUCAACCCUGAUCUCAAUACCCAAAUCCAAAAGACUAUCAUUUCCUAUGCCACCCAAUCUCUUCGUACCAUUGGUAUUGCCUACCGCGAUUUUGAGUCUUGGCCACCAGCUGGCGUUGAGUUGGAUGAAGAUGGUAAUGUCCCCUUUUCUGCUGUUGCCGAGUCUGGAUUGACAUUGGUUGGUAUUGUUGGUAUUGAGGAUCCACUCCGUGAUGGUGUUCCUGAGGCUGUCCUUGCUUGCCAGCGUGCUGGUGUCUUUGUCCGCAUGGUCACUGGUGAUAACAUUUUAACUGCUAAAUCCAUCGCUACUCAGUGCGGUAUCUAUACUCAAGGCGGUAUCAUUAUGGAAGGACCCAAGUUCCGUGCUUUGAGCGGUGAGGAGAUGGAUGCUGUAAUUCCUCGCCUUCAAGUACUUGCCAGAUCCAGUCCUGAGGAUAAGAAGAUCCUUGUUGGUCGUCUCAAGGCCAUGGGUGAGAUUGUUGCUGUGACUGGUGAUGGUACCAAUGAUGGACCUGCUCUCAAGAUGUCAGAUGUUGGUUUCUCAAUGGGUAUUGCCGGUACUGAGGUUGCUAAGGAGGCUUCAUCCAUCAUUUUGAUGGAUGACAAUUUCUCCAGCAUUGUCAAAGCUAUUCUCUGGGGUCGCUCCGUCAAUGAUGCUGUCAAGAAAUUUCUUCAGUUCCAGUUAACUGUUAACGUCACCGCUGUUGUAUUGACCUUGGUCACCGCUGUCAUUUCUGAUAAACAGGAGCCCGUUAUGUCUGCUGUUCAGCUUUUGUGGAUCAAUUUGAUCAUGGAUACCUUGGCUGCAUUGGCUCUUGCUACUGAUCCUCCAACUCCUGAACUCUUGGAUCGCCAGCCCGAGCCUCGUACCGCCCCUUUGAUUAACUUCACUAUGUGGAAGAUGAUUAUUGGCCAGUCCAUUUUGCAGUUGGUGAUUACUUUUGUAUUGAAGUACGCUGGUAUGCAUAUCUUCAAUUACUAUAAGAUCCCUGCCUCUCUCCAGGCAAGACCCGAUAUCAAUGAUAUUACCAAGUCUUACUUUCAGUUCAAGGAGCAGGAAAUCAGCACCAUGGUCUUCAAUACGUUCGUGUUCCUUCAGAUCUUCAACGAAAUCAACUCGCGUCGUUUGGACAGCCAUCUUAACGUCUUCUCUGGCAUACUCAAGAACCGCUACUUUAUGGUCAUUUUUGUCAUCAUGGUUGUUUUCCAAGUCCUCAUUAUCGAGUUUGGUGGCGCUGCCUUCAAGACUGAGAGACUUGACGGCGUUCAAUGGGUCGUCUGUAUUGUUUUGGGUCUCCUUUCACUCCCUGUUGGUGUCAUUGUCCGCUUAAUUCCUGAUGAGAUCUUUGGUGGUCUCAAGAGGUGGGUUGAUCAUACUGAGCCUACUCAUGGUGGUCUCCCUAACUUUGAGAGCUACCCAAUGAACAAUGAUAUUGGUCGCAUGAACUCUAUCCCUGCCUCAAUCAACUCUCAGCGUACCAACUCGAUGGCUAGCAGUGGUCGUGAUGGUCUUGUUUGGAACCCUGCUAUUACCAAAGUCCGCUCCGAUCUCUCGGUCUUCAAGUCACUGCGCGGUGGUCGUCUCUCGACUGACUCUGAUAGAAGCGAUCGUCAUGUGUUACAUGCUGGAGCCAUGGUUCCCUCACUAGUUGCUACAUCAGUCGGUGCAGGCUGGGCCCCCAAGCAGCGCCGAGGCACCCCUGGUAACUCCACUAGCCAACUUGAUGUGAGCAACUCGAGCCCUCGCUCUAGCACCGUAUCGCGUCGUGGUACCCAGAGUAGCAUGCGCGCAGCCACGCCUCAAGCCACAACUUCUACUACAACGGACGCGCCUGUACAUACCACUACCCACCCUAAUCUGUCUGGCACUACUCUCCCACCACCGCCAGCACCAGCACCAUCAUCAUAAUCGAGUUGGCGGUCGCAUAAAACAUCUUUAAUAAUUAUAUCUAUUCGAUUAUAAUCUACUUCAAUAAUGACAUAGCGAUGAAUGAAUAAAUAAGUAAAUCUAUAAACAAGAA